AAUAUUCUGCUCAUCAUAGCUUCAGAUGGUGUUUGAACUGUCCAGUGAUUUGAAGUUUCAGAGUUCUUAAGUAUGAGCUUUGGCGCAUUGCUCCCUUUUAGUUGUAUAUAUAUAAUUUUUUUUAGUUAUUCUCUUAGUUUGAUUUUGUUUUCUAUUUUUUUUCCCCUAGAUUCAUUUGUUAUGUUGAUUAGGCUUUGGUUGGUGCUGAAAAAUGGAGAUGGUAAGUGGAAAAAAUGUUGAACUUUAUGAGUUGUGUUCCUUUGGUUUCUUUCUGGACUAUGAAAGCUUUAACUCCACAAAGAGGAAAACUCAGGUGGGCAAUUCUGUAAUAUAAUUUUCCAGAUUGAUGCUUGAAAACAUUGCCUGACAAGUUUAUCAUCAGUGCUACUCCGAAUUGGAGUUUCUAGGAUAAUUUGAUAAGCCUAUUUAUUAUUUUUUCAUGGUUGUCAAAAAUUCAGCUUUAGAAAACUAGAUUGCUAUAGAGUAGUCACUUGUGGAGAUUUUUCAAUACUUUCCAAAGUAAAACUCAGAAGAGUAAAAAUUCUUUAUUUUCUCAAACAAAAGGUUUAUAUUGCCACUGAUUUGAAGAAGAUUCCUAAGAAGCAAGUGCAUUCUACGUCAUCAUUUCUAUCCUUUUGAGUUUUUUCUUCUUCUGAUUGAAAAUUUUGGUUUGUCAUUUCAAAAUUGUAUUUGGGAGAGAUCUAAAAAGAAUGUAAUAUAAGGGUGCCUUCAUUCUGUGUAUCAGAGAUUAAGUUCCAAUUUUCUCUGAUCCCAUCAUAUAUAUUUGUCUUGAAACUCUGAAUUUUUCUGUUCUGGUGGAACCGUAAAGUUAAAAUGAAUUCAUGCUCACUAU